CGCUUUUGACUAUCAUAAAAGAAAACCCUACUCUGCAUAUAUCUCUCUCUAUAUAUAUCGCUUAAUUAAAUACACACUCGAUCUGCACGAUCCAAUCGGAAAUCAUCAAGUAUGGAUGAAGAAUACGACGUCGUUGUGCUCGGAACUGGUCUCAAAGAAUGCAUCCUCAGUGGUCUUCUCUCCGUUGACGGUCUCAAAGUUUUGCACAUGGACCGGAAUGAUUAUUAUGGGGGAGAAUCAACGUCGCUCAAUCUUAUUCAGCUCUGGAAGAAAUUUAGAGGAAGCGAUAAGCCUCCAGCUCACUUAGGUUCCAGCAGAGAUUACAAUGUAGACAUGGUUCCUAAGUUUAUUAUGGCAAAUGGUGCUUUAGUACGUGUCCUCAUUCACACUGAUGUCACAAAGUAUCUCUAUUUCAAAGCAGUCGAUGGUAGUUUUGUCUAUAAUAAAGGAAAGGUGCAAAAAGUGCCUGCUACUGACAUGGAGGCGCUUAAGUCUCCUCUCAUGGGCAUUUUUGAGAAGCGCCGUGCUCGCAAGUUCUUCAUAUAUGUCCAGGACUACAACGAGAAUGAUCCCAAAACUCACGAGGGGAUGGACCUGACACGAGUGACGACUAGAGAGCUUAUUGCUAAGUAUGGUCUUGAUGACAACACUGUGGAUUUCAUUGGCCAUUCGCUAGCUUUGCACAGAGAUGAUCGCUACUUAAAUGAACCUGCUCUGGAUACAGUGAAGAGAAUGAAGCUUUAUGCCGAGUCACUUGCACGCUUUCAAGGAGGGUCACCAUACAUUUAUCCUUUGUAUGGACUAGGCGAGCUUCCUCAGGCAUUUGCUCGGCUCAGUGCUGUUUAUGGUGGAACAUAUAUGUUGAAUAAACCUGAGUGCAAGGUCGAGUUUGACGAGGAAGGCAAGGUCUGUGGUGUUACUUCAGAGGGCGAAACAGUCAAGUGCAAAAAAGUUGUCUGUGAUCCUUCUUACUUGCCCAACAAGGUGAGGAAGGUGGGGAAAGUCGCCAGAGCAAUUUGCAUUAUGAGUCACCCCAUUCCAAACACCAAUGAUUCACACUCGGUGCAGGUUAUUCUCCCACAGAAGCAGUUGGGUCGCAGAUCAGACAUGUAUCUCUUUUGCUGUUCGUAUUCCCACAAUGUUGCUCCCAAAGGGAAGUUCAUUGCAUUUGUAUCUACAGACGCUGAAACUGAUCAACCCGAAACUGAACUAAAGCCAGGGCUUGAUCUUCUAGGGCCUGUUGAUGAGAUCUUCUAUGAUAUGUAUGAUAGAUACGAACCAGUCAACGAGCCAUCUCUAGAUAAUUGCUUUAUAUCCACAAGCUAUGAUGCGACAACUCACUUUGAGUCAACUGUUAUUGAUGUGCUCAACAUGUACUCAAUGAUAACCGGAAAGGUUCUUGAUCUGAAUGUAGACCUAAGUGCUGCAAGUGCUGCUGAAGAGUAGAAACCUUGGAUCCCCUACUUUUACAAAGGCCGACAACGCUGUGUGGUGGAAAGAACUUUUACUUCAAAUUUCAAAAUUUUAAACGUCUAUUCUCUCAGAUAUAAAACCAUAUGCAAGUGUUUUAAGAAGGUUGUCUUUGUACUUUUGUGUAAAAUAUGACUCGUGUUUCGUUCACAUCCUUGGCUGUGUGGAAUGCUGUUCAUUCUCUUAUAUCUGAAUGGAGUUCAACGAUGCCAAUCCACUAUAAA